AUGCCCGGUGAAGGAUCAAUACCAAAGAAGUUGGCCGAUGGAAUUGGUAAAGGUGUCUUGGAUAAUAAGGAAAGAUUAAUUGUCGAAUCAUCUGGUGAAAUUGAUAAUGGCCAUACGAUUGAAGACACUCUGAAAAUCGUUGAAUGCAGCAUUCAGUGUCUUAAGAUGGAUAUGAUCUCAAACAAGUUGGCAUCAAUUUCAACUUUCCAAAAAAGACAAGUACUUGGUUUACAUUACGUUGGUGACAAGUUGUCUUUGACAAGUACCAAACUUUUGAAUAACGGCCGAUACUCACACGUAUUAUUACGAUCUGCUGUGAUCCCCCGAACCUGGCACGACCGUCACAACUGGAUAAAAGUAUUUGAAUUGGUGGUGAAGAUGAACACUAUUCUCAAAGAACAAGAAGCUUUAACCCAAGUACUUCUUAAAGAAAACGUCAGUGGCGAAAUUGAAAAAUUAAACACCAUCAAGUAUUUCUGUGCAAGUAACGAAGACUUGACAUGA